CUCAAUACAGAGCUAGCCGCAAUCGAGGGCCUCUGUCAAACGAUGGACUCACUCAAUCGGUGGUUCGCUUACGCCUUCCUUGCCGUCGGGAUCCCUGGGAACGUCCUGUCACUUCUGGCCGUGCGGACAUUCCCGCCGUCCACGGGGACGUGUCUCGUCCAGAUCCUGUCUGUCGCCAACGGAUGCCUUCUGGCGACGCAAAGCACGUUCGUGUUGUUGACCGGAUGGGUCAAUACGACGUCGGCUUACUGUCAGGCGAAGACUUUUCUGACGCUUUUUACGUCCUACUUCUCCGCCUGGACGCUGGUCCUGAUCAUCGCCGAGCGGUACCUCAGACUUCGUAGCCUCAGCCACAACGGCACCAGCUGCUUCACCGUCAAACGUGCAAAAAUAGCCAGCCUGCUCCUGGGGACCACCGCGCUGCUGAUGGCUGCUCCGUCUGCUUGGCUUACCGGCCCCAGUCAAGACACAUGCCUGGGACUCGGCAGAAAUGGAAGAUUCUGGACAUUUGUAGAGGUCACUUUGUUUUCGGUGGCGCCCUCUUUUCUCCUUCUGGUGCUCAUUUUUCUGUACGUGGUGGCGCGCGCGCAAAAGAACCAGGGAACGUGGGGCGCAGCAGCCGACAGAGACGGAACGGCCGGCGACAAAGAUGAAAGCGAGGACGGCGUGACGCGCAUGACGCUGCCCAUGGCGGUCCUGUUCCCCAUCCUGACACUUCCGGUGGUUGUCGUUAUAUUAAGUUUUUAUUUUUGUUACGAAGCCAUCACUGCCGAGGAUGAGGGUUACGCCUGGUUUAAGUUAAUCCACGCUGUCUGCGUUCACUUAAGCCAGUGCAUCAACGCCGUCAACAUUCUGAUAUACGUCCUGUUCUCGAGCCGGUUCCGGUCCGGCGUGCGGGACGUCUUUAGAAGGUGCUGUUGUGGUCGCGGCAGCCGU